AUGAAGUGGCUAUCUGUCCUGCCCCAACAGUGUAUUUUGCUGACAACAUGUCUCCUAAUGGCCUUGGAAGCUGUACCUAUAGACAUAGAUAAGACAAAAGUCAAAGGAGAAGGCCACGUAGAAGGAGAAAAGGUAGAAAAUCCAGAUACAGGACUUUAUUAUGAUGAAUACCUCAGGCAAGUAAUAGAUGUCUUGGAAACAGAUAAGCAUUUCAGGGAGAAACUCCAGACUGCUGACAUAGAGGAAAUAAAGAGUGGAAAACUAAGCAGAGAGCUUGAUUUAGUAAGCCACCAUGUGAGAACACGGCUGGAUGAACUAAAAAGGCAAGAGGUGGCAAGAUUAAGAAUGUUAAUUAAAGCUAAAAUGGAUUCUGUUCAAGACACUGGCAUAGACCAUCAGGCUCUCCUUAAACAGUUUGAGCACCUGAACCAUCAGAAUCCCGACACGUUCGAACCUAAAGACUUAGAUAUGUUGAUCAAAGCAGCUACAAGUGACCUGGAAAACUAUGAUAAGACCCGCCAUGAAGAGUUUAAGAAAUAUGAGAUGAUGAAAGAACAUGAGAGGAGGGAGUAUUUAAAAACACUGGAUGAAGAAAAGAGGCAGCGAGAAGAAUCCAAAUUUGAGGAGAUGAAGAAAAAACAUGGAGAUCACCCAAAAGUUCACCAUCCUGGAAGCAAGGAUCAACUGAAAGAGGUGUGGGAGGAAGCAGAUGGACUAGAUCCUAAUGAAUUUGACCCCAAGACAUUUUUCAAAUUACAUGGUAAGAGGUUUAGUUUAAUUUAAUGAACAAGUGAAGUGACUUUCU